AUGCGACUAAGCUCGACGCUCUCGGUGGAGCGGCGUGGUGCCGGUCCGGCCGAGGUGGCUCGCGUCGGUAUUGUGGGCGCCGCGCUCACCCACAUCAUAUUCGUGCCUGGCAACCCCGGCGUCGCGAGCUACUACACCUCGACGGCAGAGAUGCUCGCCGAGCGGCUCGGCGCCACUGCCGCCGUCGUUGGCUAUCUGGGGCACGGGUCAGCGCCGCUCGAGCCGCCGAUGGCCGCAUACGGGCUCGAAGCUCAGUGCGAGCACGUGCACCGAUUUUUCGAGGGUGAGGUUGCAAAGCUCAAGGCUGGCGCUGAGGAAUGGGGUGGCGAGGCGCGGCUCCUGGUCGUCGGUCACUCGAUCGGCGCCUACAUCGCCUUUGCGGGCGCACAGCGGGCGGGGCUGCGGCGCGGCGCCAUUGGCGGCGUGCCCACCCGCUCGAUUGGCCUGAUGCCGUUUCUCGAGCGCACCGAGCUAGUCCGGACGAAGGCGGAGGCGGCGACGUCUUGGUGGGCGCCCGCCGCCGUCCUCUUCCUCUCCUGCGCCGCCGGCCUGGUGGGGCUGCUCCCUCGCUUCGCCACGGAGCGGCUCCUCAAGCUCGCAGCGAGCGACGUGCGCCGCUUCUGCCCCGAGAUGGUGUCGUUGACGGCACGCGCGCUGCCCCGCUUCGGCGCGGUGCGCAACAUCCUGACUCUCUUCCGCGACGAGGCGAGGGAGCUCGCCGAGCCGUACGACUACGCCGCGCUGAAGGAGCGCUGCGGGGGCGCGCUGGCGCUGCUGUAUGCGGAAGGCGACACGGACGAAUGGGCGCCGAGCGAGGCGGCGGCGCGCGCCGCGGCUGCGGGCGUGGCGGUGGCGGUGGAGGAAGGUGUGCCGCAUGCUUUCUCCGUCGAGGCGCCCACACGCGAGGCAGUGGUGGCGAGGGUGCUGGGGCUGAUCGAGGAGAUGAAUUGAGCGAGGUCGUUCUCUUGAUUUAAGGCUGCAUGUCCAUGUGGUAGGGGUGUGUGGUUCGGUUCUCUUGUGAGGUUGUUUAUCUUGGGGGUUGUCGACGUCAAAUUGUCAUUUAUUUUACCAUACAUUUAAGAUAUUUAUCAUUUCCUG